AUGGCAUUUUCACUUAAUAAAUUGAAGAACAUUUUAAAUACGAGUCGGGAGGGUCAGUUGGCCGGCAGUGGCAGUUUGGAGCCAGAGAUAGGAUUCAAGUUGGCCUUGCAUCCAAUCAGUAAAAAUUUAUAUGUGACCGUUAUCGGCGCCCGGCACCUUCCGUCCUUGUUUGGGUUGAGUCGCGCCCAUGGAUACCUUGUUAAGGUCAAAGUGUUUCCCGGCGACAGUAGAUUUGAAACAACAUUACAGGAGAGUUCUUGGCCGGUGUGGAAUGAGGAUUUUAAAUUUCAAUUAAAACAAAAAGAUGCUAAGAAGGGACAAGAAAAAACUGACCUUCAAAGUUUGCUCGCCGGCCACUUUUUGUCGCUUACCAUUUAUGCUAUAUUAGAGGCUCCAAAACAAGAAACAGACAAGCGAAAAAAUAGCAAAACACUAGAUUCGAAAAAAUCUGCCAAGGUCGCAGAACAAGAAGAACCAAAACCUAAGACUGGAUUCUUAGAAAAGACAUUUAGCAGUUUCAAAUCAACGAAAGCCGAGGCGAUAGCACAAAAGUCAAUUCUGGAGAAACGGAGAACAGUGGGAGCGGCGACUUGGAAUUUCGACUCAAAGUUGUUUCAAAAUGAUCUUAAGAACGGUUUGAUCGGCACUCCAGAUAUUUGGAGACCAAUCAACGCCAUCACGAGUGGUAUCACGGCAGCUGAUUCACGGCGGGAAAACAAGAAGGGCCAGUUGGAAGUUACUCUAUUGUACACGGCAAGUGAAGACGGGUUGAAUGAUAUAGUGCAGCUGACGGUCAACAGGCUACGAUGCAGUGUGCAGACGAUGCAACAGCAAGAACAAUAUAAAGCUCCUCUGUACCUGAAGGCAACGAUAUUAGAAGCGAACAAAGCUGAAUGCUAUUGGAAAAGCGAUAGAUUUGUUCCCGCAAUAUCAGCCAGAUGGGACCCGAAAUCUGCUACGGUGAAACUGACAGUUUUCAAAGCUAGUUUGAAUAAAGUCAGUAUUUAUAUUAGCCUCGGUUGUAAGACGAAAAUGGCGAAGAAGGAAAUUCUCGGCAAAGCGACGAUAGAUGAAAAAUCCGCCUAUGGAGACAGUUGGAACGAGUGCCUGCGACAACCGGGUAUACCAAAAACUUUUUGGGUCAAUUUCGAGUAA